AUGAAACUUGGCGCCAUGCCCAUGCAACGUUAUAUCGCGCGCCAAAUAUGUGGGGUGUGGCGCAUGUAUCAACGACGCGUGUCUCUGUACCCGUAUCACCAGUGUGUACGCUCUUUCUGUCAGUCUGCUUUUGCUCGUCGACAGUAUCCACGGACGCAGGGCCAGCAAUUUGCCGAGCUGCUCCGCCAGCGCAUGGAAGAACAGUUGGGGCGUUCCUCGCCACAGGCUAAACCAUACCCGUACCGACGUGUUGUACGUCGAGGUCAACCUUUUGUACGAACUGAGUAUUCUAAAGCUCGCACUUCUGAUCUCAUUCAUAAUGAGUCGCGCGCAUGGCAAAAUGGGUCCUGGACACAGACACACCCACGUAUUGUGCUUGUGGGCUUGGCUGCAGGUGGGGCUGGUGUAUACUACGUCUUGCAUUUAGAGCAAGUGCCAUCGACGGGACGUUGGCGGUUUAUGGAUGUGUCGCCGAUGCAAGAGUGGAAAAUGGGCGAGGAAGCAUACCAAAGUGUCAUGCGUCAAUACAGUGGGCAGAUCCUGCCCUCUUGGACAUCGGCGAGUACUCAAGUGAAUAGAGUGGCCAAGCGCAUCAUUCGAGCAUGCGAAGCGAUGGAUGCACAACGAGCCGAAGGAGCGCCACCGUCGCAAUGGACCGUGCAUGUGGUUCAUGAGCCUCGUCAAAAAAAUGCAUUCGUGUUGCCAGGCGGGCAUAUAUUUGUAUUCACGGGGAUUUUGCCAGUAUGUGAAAAUGACGCAGGUCUCGCGACGGUUAUGGCUCAUGAAGUUGCGCAUCAAAUUGCACGGCAUUCUGCAGAAAAGAUGGCGGGCUCCAAGAUCUUGAUGGCUGGCGCCUUUGUGUUGAACUUGAUAGGCUUUGAUAUCGGCUUGAGCCAGAUUCUGCUUAACUUGAUGCUGUCUCUUCCGAAUUCGCGCAAGAUCGAGAGCGAGGCAGAUGAAUUAGGCUUGCGCAUCAUGUCGCAGGCAUGUUAUGAUCCGAGGCAAGCUGUCAGGCAACGCAUGAAUGCGGACGAGACUCACGAUGGUCGCCUAGCUGAGUCGGCGAAACAAUUACUAUCGACUCACCCUGUAAAUUCGCAUCGGAUUGCCAAUAUUGAAGCAUGGCUCCCCGACGCCGAACGUAUAUACCAAGCAAAUCAUUGCAGUUCAUCGGUCCAAGCUUUGCAAGCUAUGCAAAGUGUCGGAAGGGGAAAUAACAUUUCUACUUCGGCGUCAGCCUAG